AUGGCCACCGUCCCUACCAAGGGAAUGAGUCUACUUGUGGGGCAGAGCUUUGUCGACCUUGACGCUGGAGAGACGAAAGAGGUGCUGUGCCUGAGUCCAUGGACACCCAUUGUUGUUGGCCACUUCUGUGUUAUUUGCGAGAUUAGCGCUCCGGAGGAUCCCAGCCCCUUUACAUCGGACAGCCACUGGGACAUUCACGACCGACACGUUGCUCAGCACAAUAUCGACGUGAUUGAGCCACCAUCUGUCGUGAGACGACCGCAUUUGGGAUCCUUUGUCGUUGCAGGACUUCCCAAUGAACCGUACUCAACGGUAAUUGCCCGCCGAGCGAGCGACGGGGAAUUCAAGGCGGCUAUCAGGCUCUUCGGCGGAGACGCUCUCGUCCAACGCAACAUCACCGCUGAUACCAAGUUCGGUCUCAUAUCGAAUUUCAGCGCUGGGGAUCCCAUCCCGGACCUCGACGGCCUUGGAGGGAAGUUGGUGUUUAAGGAUUUGAAGCCCAAGGAACAGAAGAACGUGAGCGCGGCAGUGCAACUGCCCCAUGAUCCGGAGCAUGCCUCGGCUGCCGUUAUUUUCAUUGAACAGAUUGAUGCGAAGAAUGCAGUCGUUGGAGGUCUGGCUAUCGUUGCUCUAAAUCGACCUCUUAGAAUAGGAACGGAGCCAGUAAGAGCACGAGCGGCAGUGCCGGUUAGCAUCCCUUUUCGACCCUACAGCACAUUUCCAGAAAGCAACUUCAUGACACCAGAUGGGAUAUUCUGUUCCAACUUCGGCAUCCAGAACAUCAACGUUCAGGUCCGAAAUGACGGAUCGUCGACCUUGACGGAUCUGACGGUCUAUGUAGAGGGUGUGGCCGAUCCUAACAUAACUUUGAGGUACAGUCGAUCUUCGCCUCCUGGCGGGUCAGCCAGGUCGUCAGCGUCGUUCAAGUCUAUCUUUCAAGGAAAUUUCAGCAGGGCAGCAAGCAAUGAGACGUUGGUCUCUUUCAUUGUCCAGCAGCAAUCAGGUACUUCGUCGAAGAGCGUGCGAAUUGUCAAGAAGAUAUUCGUCCUUGGCAUCGAGUACAACAAGACCACGAAGACAUUCACCGUCAAUGUCCCGCAGGGGUCAUUCCAGACCAACGUCAGGACGGUGAUUGUCCCAAGGGAGUUGCCCACGGAGAACGAGAAGCCGAUUACAUAUCCAAUGUUUCUCAAGGGUGCGUCGAUGCUUUGGUUGCCGAUCCCUCCAUAUGGCGGAACCCACGGUCCUCUUCCCUUUGAGGAUCCCUGGUGGAAGGUCAUUCUCUGCCUGAUUGCACUUGCUCUGGAAAUCGCUGGAGCGGUCGAGGCGGUCAACGCAGGCGGCGAUGCAAGCAUCGGCACAAGCAACCCGUUCGCAGAUCCCGACGGCUCGGAAAACUGCUGCACCGGCCUGGAAGUCCAAGCGUCAACGGACAGCUAUGCGGCAGCCGGCCUCUUCGCGACCGCUGCCGCAGUUGCCGUCAUCGCCUUACUCUCAGACGACGCCGAUCUCAUCGACCGAGGACGCAGCCAAACUGUGCCCAACAGCGGCGAGCUGACCAGUGCCGAGCGUGCCAGCUUCGAAAGCGAUUUCAACGAUGCUCCCUCGCCGGGAACACCAUUCACUGGCAGGACAACGUGGAGCUACGAGCGCACCCUCGGCAGCCGCAGCCUCACGCACAGCGCGACGGAUACGUACCAGAACGUCCACUACCUCCAGAGCUACAAGGUCUCCCUAGACUCAGCACCCGUAACCGACCCAAACCAUCACCACGCCCACCCACGCAGCGAACCGCUGCUCAUCGAAGCCAGCUUCGUCAACCCUUCGGGCGCCCUCUUCCGCGGCCCAACUCUCUACGUGUUCGUCCUCCUCUGGUCGAACCACAGAGAAAAGCGUCUCCUGGAGCUCCGUGACGACGGGAGUGACAGCGAGAACAUCGAACCGAACAGGGGCGUAUAUAGAAACUCGAUCCGCAUGGGGAGGGAGGAGUCGAAGACGUGGUACGUGUUUGUGUUUGCGCAGGAUGUGAAUACGGUGGUGGAGGGGACGGGGCCCAGGGAGGCGGCGAAGACGAUUGGGGGCGCGUUGCUGACGAGGCAGUUUGUGGUCGGGUUGGGGUCCAAGCCGUGUGAGUUGAAUCAUGAUGCUAUUGUGGAUCUGACUUGA